GACGAUAUUAAUGGUGAUGAGUUUAUUGGGGAUGAGUCGGAGAAAGGAUUAUUAGAGAGCUCUACAGGUUGUGUACAAUGCAGAAAACUCUCUACAUCUAGUAGCAUUUUAAGUUAUGAUGGAAAAAUUACGACAUGGCCAGACGAGAUCAGAGGAGAGGAACUGGAUGGAAAUAUAGUAGCCCAAUCUGUGUUUCCUCAGACCAGGAUCAUUUUUAAUGCAUCCGACAAUUUUGAAAUACCUCUUUCGCAGGUACUGGAUACCGACAAGUUAUUUGAAAUGGAAUUGAUAAGGCCAGAGUUGAAUAGCAACAUAAGUAAUGAUAAAAUUUACAGGAUCAAUAUACCAAUGUUUCUUUACAAAAUGGGCACAUUGUCCACUCUCACGAACACUGUCAUGCACGUGUGCCAUGUAGUAAAAAAAAACAUUAUGGGCCUUGGAAACAGCUUUUGGCAGCCUCUAUACUCUGCACAAUAUUCAUGUUAACCGAAGUGAUCGGUGGAUACCUAGCGGGUAGUGUCGCCGUAGUUACAGACGCAGCUCAUCUGUUAUCGGACCUCGUCGGUUUCCUAGUCAGUAUAUUUGCUAUUUGGCUUGGUCAACUACCACCUACGAAGAGACUUUCCUUUGGAUACUAUAGAGCCGAGGUCCUCGGCGCCUUAUUGAGCGUCGCUAUCAUAUGGAUGCUCACAGGAAUAUUUAUUUACGUGGCGAUACUGCGUUUACUUCGAAGUGACUUUGAAAUAGAUGCAAAUACAAUGAUGUUGGUUUCUGGUCUUGGUGUUCUCAUAAAUAUCAUUAUGGGGCUUACAUUACACGGUGCGUGUAAUCAUCUACCUCAUGGCCAUAGUCAUGGAGGAAUUCAGUCUUCCUGUAAAAGCUCACAGGAGAGCGCGCAUACACCAGGAAAUAUAAACAUACGUGCUGCGACCGUACAUGUACUAGGUGAUCUAGUGCAGAGUGUUGGCGUUUUCGUCGCUGCUAUAAUAAUUAAAUGCUACCCUAAUGCUAAGAUGGCAGAUCCCAUCUGUACAUUUGUUUUUUCCUUGUUGAUGCUCUUAACAACGCUCUCCGUGCUCCGAGAUACCUUGAACGUUCUGAUGGAGGGUUUUCCAAAGCAUCUCGAUUAUGCAGUUAUCCUCAAUACUCUUAGCAGUAUUGAUGGCGUAGAAAAUGUUCACAAUUUGCACGUAUGGUGCUUGACACUUGAUAAGUGUGCAUUGGCUGUACAUUUGGCCAUAAGUGACAGUGUGGAUGCUGCCGUGGUACUCAGGAAUGCGCUUAAAUUAGUACGAAGUAAAUUAAAGAUAGAUGUUAUUACUGUACAAAUUGAAAAGUACCUUGCGCCUGCCAUGGACGACUGUCAGCAGUGCAAGCCACUAGUUGAUUGACAUAAAUCAUCCUAAUAACAUUAGGAAUGGCACGCUAUGUUAAUGUGAGUGCAAGGUUUAUUGCACUUUUUAGAAAAAUAUUAUCUUUUCUUAACAUUACGUGACUAAAAGUAAAAAAGGUGUAUAAACAGGAUUUUCAGUAAACAUACACCUUUUUGCUUGUAGUCGAGCGAUGUUAAAGAUUAUUCAACAAUUUGAUCAGCUGGCGUUGUCCAUUCUCCGCUGAUAAGGAGAUAUAACAAACUGUAUAGAAAUUUAAUUUAGCAAGCUACUAAGUAUUGAUAAAAAUAACGUGAUUCAAAGAGGGGUAAGCAAAGUGGAACAUUACAUUUAUAAAUUUAUUGAACCAGACAUUCUUCUAAUCACUAAACGUUAAGUGAUUGGUAAACAGUGAUAGAAUAAAAUUAAAGAAUUGACUAUUCAGUCAGUCAAUUAUCGCAUUGCCAAUCGCCGUGGGAUUUUUUUUUAUAAUUCAUGAAAAGUGCCUUCCGUCUGCGUAUAUGCGCAAAACACAUCAAAAGAAUGAUAUACAAUAAGAGAAUGGAUAUGUGGUUUUCAUGACGGAUCUCUGGCAAUGCUUACCAUAUGAUAUUUGUAUUAAGUUUGAGACAAUAAUUGUACAGGUAAUAAUAAAAAUAAAAAAAAUUGGUUGUA